CCAAACUCAUGCCACAAGGGCAACACACACACACAUACACACAUAUACACACCUCCUGCUGAAUUCACUGUCCUACAGGAGCGUUACACGGGAUCAUGAUGAUUGGUUUUAGUCAGUUUGAGAGUAGUUUCUCCCCAACUCCACAAAACACAGACUGACAGGAGCGAACACACAGCCGGCAGUCAACAGGACAGAGAAGAGAUCCUGGCACAGAGAGGCACUGACAAACCCACACAAACAUGCCAGAAGCACAGAGUGCUUCACUCAUCCGCGGAGCGGACGCAGACAGGAAAGGGGAGAGAAAGCUAUCGAUGGAAGUUUAGAGAGCGUGCGGUUUAUGUACAGAAGGAAGAUGGAUAGGAAGACAGAGAGGGAGAGAGAGGAGCGACUCCAUCAAUAACGCUCAAUGGAGUUAAAGUGGAUCUGACUUCACUGAAGCUGACUCUUUACAUGAUGGCGUGCUGCUGUUGUCCUGUACCGUGCCUCAGAAACUGCUUCUCGUUUUCAGGUUGGUCUCGUCCUGGCUUUCAUAGAUUUGUGCCAUGAGGAGUAACUUUCACAGGGAGACGUCACAGUGUUUCUGUCAGUCAUGGGUAAUAGGUUUACCCAUGAAGCGAUUUCAUCUGCUGAGCUUGAUGCCUUAUGGAAUGACCCUCCGUACACUUUAGCAGCCAUCAGUGAGCUCUUUCCACCAAAUGACAUCAUGACAGCUGAUGAGGAAGCGGAGGCUGAGGUGGAGGCAGAAGGCACAAACAGAGAGAGUUACUGGAGAAGGAAGGAGGCAUUGAGUGGAAGCGGCACCAUAUCUUCCGGAGAGCGCUUUUCUUCAGAUGUCAUCUUAUUGUUCAGUGGAAGACGACGAUCUCGUGUCCAGCCUGACGGUGAGCUUCAGGAGAAGUUACGCACAAGACUCAGAGUAGUAGAAAGCAACAGCCAGGAUGUCACACAGCUCUUCAAGGAUCUGUCUGCACGACUGGUGUCCGUUCAUGCUGAGAAGGACAGCUUUGUCAUUACCUUCAAGACAGUCGAGGAGAUCUGGAAGUUUUCUACUUACCUGGCACUCGGGUAUGUGGCAAGAUGUCUUGAGAACUUUCUCUGUGACCAGUCAUUGUGGCUGGACCCUGCGUUGCUAAGUGAUGUAGAGAUCUCUGUGACAGUGGAUGAAGACCAUUUAGCUACUCUCUACCUAGGACUCCUACUACAGGAAGGUACAUUUUUUGCCAAGGCCUUAUGCAACAGUGAUUGCAAAGAGGAAGAAGAGGAGCUGACCUACAGGAGGAAUGACUUGAUCAUGAUGAAAGACAUUGGACAGGAGGCCAUGUGGGAAGCAACACAGCUGUCCACAGGUCAACAUGGUCUAGUGCCUGUGCAUGACAUGCAACCUCUGCCCUAUCCUUUUUAUCAGUGGUUUCUUAAGAAAUAUCCUGGAAAUACAGGAGGGGUUCUAGUUACAGAAAGCCUCUUUGAUCAUCCUAUUGUGGUGGGGACAUGUGUUGCCAUAGUAGACCAUUACCCGGUGGUUUCAGAUGAACUGCAUUUACACCAGGGAGACCUAAUCAAGAUUGAAGGAUUUCUUCUUAAUACUCUAAACAUGUUCAUAGGAAGACACCUCACCAGUGGAAAGCUAGGAUUUGUGCACAAGGCCCAUGUCAAACCUGAAAGCAUCAAACCUCUCAAUGGACAAUUGGUCUUUCUGAGUGAAGAGGAAAGGGCAGCCCUGUCUAAGCUUAACCCCUGCUAUGAGCCCUGCCAGACUGAUGUACUGGGUAAUCUGUUCUCUACUGACAUAAGCACUGUUUACAGAUUAGACAGACUGGAUGACUCUGACUUCCCUUAUAUUAAAAAUCAUCCAAAGUCAGAGCCAAAAACUCCAGUAGAUCUAAGAAAGAGCAACAUGUCAGAAAAGAGUGGCACGCCUCCAUACCACUCAUCCCCACGGCCAUCAUUCUAUGCCUCUCGGAAUAAUCUUGAGCGAGACUCCGAAGUUCUUUCCUUUAGCCUGGAGGACACCUUUAGAGAGAUGGAUGAAUAUGAGGAAGAUCCCUUAAACUUCAUAGAUGAGGGUAUCUGGGAUGCUGAUGAAGCGGAGAGGUCUGACCCAAUCUUGACCUUCCUCAACUUGGAAUAUUUUGAGGACUCCUUUGAGACUCUUUAUGACCUCUGCUACUCUUUCCUGGAGACUGUCUUUAAUGGCCUGUCAGAGGACGAGGUUCUUCAGCAUCUGGAAAACUUACGAGAAGUAGCAAAGAAAGGCAGGAUGCUGUGGGCCCACCGGCGAGCUUGCUUCCUUCUAGGCAGGCUGUCUGCCAAAAAACUAAAAUACUCACAGGCACGAGUAUAUUUUGAGGAGGCGUUGAAAGUACCUGUAAAUGGUUUUGAUGAUCAACCACUUUUGAUAGCCCUUUACACCAAUCUCACCGCUGUUUAUUUAAAACAGAAGAUGAUGGACAAGUUGCCAUUUACUCUGGAGAAGGCCAGUGCUCUGAUUUUGUGUCUCCCAUGCCACAACUUUUGCUCUGCGGAUGAGUUUGAGCUGCUUAAACCAAUCAUGCGCAAAGCUAUAAUCGAAAAGGACAAGUACCUCGAAGCUCGGACAUGCUACCUCUGUCUCUCUCUCUUUCUUCGCUUAAGGAAAGUAGAGGAUGCAUUGCCUUUUGUGGAGAGGCUUCAGUUUCUCACCAUCACUUUGUCUGCUGAGGAAGAGAGGGCUGUUGCUCCAGUGGAUCUCAACUGGAUGCUGUGCAGGCUGUAUCAUAAAAAGUAUUUGCCCUUUCUCACACUAGCCUCUCUGAGCCUAGACUCAGGACAAGAGCAUUCCUUGGAAGAUGCAUUCCAGAAAAUUAGAAUCUUUAUCAAAAAUUCAGCAAGGCUAAAUCCUCACUGUAGAGAAAGUACUUCAGUGCCUUCUGCACAGGUUGUGGUCUAUCUUCAGCAGGCCUUGUCCAUAGCUAGUCGUAGCGAUGAUCUAAAGACUCGAAGGGACCUGUGUCUUUCCCUGGCUAGUGUUUACCAGCAGAACGGAGCUCUAGAGAAGGCUGUGCCCUUUGCUCAACAGGCAGCACAGACAGGUAGCCAAAUUAAUGAAGAGGAGGGCUUUGAGGCAUCUGUACUGCUGGCCUGGCUCUUGGUUCUUUCAGGGCAACCCGAACAAGCUCAGUCCAACCUGCAUCCAUUGCUAAAGUCUUUAAAUGAAACGGACAGUCCUGCACAGCGUGGUGUGGUCUACAACCUCCUAGCCUUGUGCCUCCGCAAACAGGGCAAGGUUCAGGAGGCAGCAAGAAACUUUCAUUGUGCCCUGCAGAUUUCCAGAGAGAAUGGAAACAAGCGUAAUGAAGCGCUGGCCCUGGCUAAUAUGGGUUGCUUGUCUCUAUCUAUAGGGGCUCCAGGACUGGCAGAGUGUUUUCUGCUUAAAUCCCUACACCUGUACCAGUUUCUUUCAGAGAGCCCUACGGAUGAGGAGCAUGUCCAGACUCUGCUGUGGCUGGGAAGGAGCUACAAGGAUAGAGGAGGGAGUCAGGAGGUCAGGCUGUGCUACGAGAUGGGCCUUCUUAUUGGCAUUAGUGCCAACAAUCUGCAUAGUCAGAUGGUUGUGGCAAAAGUCUUAAGUCGUCAUUAUGGUGACCUGCUGCUAUACGGACAGAGUAUUGUUUACUAUGAGCACUGUGUGGGGUUAUGCAGAACUCUAAAAAACAAACAAAAAGAAGGCGAAUACCUGGAGCUCCUCAGCAACCUCUAUCUCUCACUCAACACUGAGAAGUCCUCAAGGAAGUCACUUGACUACUCAAAGCAAAGUUUAAGGAUCUCCAUAGAUCUGGGAAAAAGACAGGAGGAGUCUGAGACAUGGCUGCAGGUGGGCCGUAUCUACUAUCUGAUCCAUGAGGAUGAACUGGCUGACAUGUACCUUCAGGCAGCAGUAAAGACAGCACUGAAGAUGGCUGACCCGUGCUUCGCUAUGAACAUUUAUGAAGAGGCAGGAGAUGUGUUUUUCAAAGGACACAGAAACCGCCUAGCUGCCUUACCUUUUUUCAGGGAUGGAAGUCUGCCAUUUGCCCGGAGCAUUAAGGAUGUGCACUCCGAGUUUAGGCUGCUGAGUAAACUUACAGAGCUCCUGAUGCAGCAGAAGCAAUAUGAGGAGGCACUGCAAUAUGCCACACUCGCAGUGCAGGUUAGCACCACCACUGGUGUGCCUCUGAAUGAGAGAGCGUCCUUCCAUCGUCUUGCAUCAGUGUACUACUCUCUAGAGAAGUAUGAGAUGGCUGAGAACUACUAUCUUAAGUCUGUUUCACUCUCGCCCAAUGAACUUGAACAUCCCAUUGAAGUUCGGUACUAUGUUAAAGUCUACUGUAGAUUGGCUGAUCUGACACUAUACAAAUUAAAGGAUGCCUUUGAUGCAAUGGGCUACUUCCACUUAGCCCUGGCGGCAGCACUGGAGGACAAAGAAAGCCUGAGCACAAUCUACAUCAUCUACAUGAAGCUGGCAGAGAUCCAUGCCAACCACAUGCCUGAUGCUGAGCUAUGUAAGACUUACAUGGACUGCGCACAGAGUCUGAAGAGAGAACUGGCGGGAUACACAAACUCUACUGAUCCACAUCCGGAUCAUGCAAAUGCAGACUGUGUUGAGUCUGUCACUCAGACCAAACCUGACAUGUCAGACUCCGGCAGUGGCACAGAAGCUAGCCUUACAAUCAUCAGUAACAAAGAAGACACGGACACUAGAUUUUAUGAAAAAACAGACUCAAGGCCUCCUGAUCAUACCGAUCCAGAGACUAGUUGCACAGAUGAUACAAACCACACUAAUGGAAGUACAUUUGCAGAGGGUGUGACGUUUAUAAUGUAGAUGCAUGUUGGAUGUGCAAGUAUGCAGCAUACCACAAGUUUUUUUGGGGGUCAUUUCAGAAUAUGUUUACUCUAAAAGCAUUUCUUUUAAUACAGAAGUGCAAUAAGACUUUUUCUCCUUUAAUUAGAUGUUUUCUAUUGAUAUUGUUUCAAGAUAAAUUUGAAUGAUUUUGUAUAAUUGUAAAUAUGUAUAUUGUAUUACUGUAUAUUUAUAUUUGCUCUGGCUGUCUGAAUCUGCUGUUCAAUGUGCCUUUUUUUGUUCUGAGGGUUGUUAAAACCUCUACUUAUACAUUUUAAUUAAAAAUAUAAAAUUUC